AUGGACCUAUCAAUAGAAGAAGUUCAACUAGAAUUCCACAUCAAGGGAAAAACAGUUGACCUUCAAGUCAACAGUAACAUUCUUGAUCUGGUUUUGGAGAAUGGUACCAUUUACACAAUUGACUUGAGUAGGCCCGAAAACGUCUCAACUAUACAAUUACCGAUAAGUGCAGGUACCCAAGUUGUCGGCUCGUUUAGUGACUAUAAGGGCUGCCAUCUAAUUGUCAAAACCAAGAGUCUGGACUACUUUUAUGUGAACAGGAAAUCCAAAAGUGCAAUCUCAUUGAAAAAGCUCAAGAAUUUAGAUCUUAUUGGCAUUAAGUUUAGUGAUGAACUGGUAGGCCAUUCGACGACAGGGCCGUUUCUUGUCUUUGAUGAACAAAAUGUCUAUGAGACCUGCAUCAACCUGAAUUCCAAUAAAAUAGAAAGGUAUUUCAAAAAUGUGCAUCACGACAAGUCCAUCGUUGAUGUGUUCUGGACGUUAAAGAACGCCGUAGAUUUGGAUAUCAUCAUAUUUACAAAGACAGGGAUAUCAACCUACAAAGAUAAGUUAGAAAAAAUUCAUCACAAUUCGUCCAAUUUUGUCAGCGUGUUCAAAAAAAAUAUUGGAUUUGAAGAGCUUUCCAUCAGGAAGGUAUAUACCGAUGAUAAAACAUAUGCGAUCUUGACAGAUCUGGGAUUCCAAUUGGAAAACGUAAAAGUUUCAUUACCGUCAAAUGUAAAAGCAUCCGACAUCAAAUCGUUUUCUUUGACCAAGUAUCACGUUCUAGUCAUGACUAAGCACAACGAUAUUAUACUGAUCAAUAGUUUGAAUUCAACUAUUAGUGCGAGACAAUCCGCUCCCGAGGCGGUAAGAUUAUCAACUGAUAGCUACUCUUCCAGUUAUUGGCAGUUCAAUGAAGACUCCAUUUAUGAAAUCAUCAUUAACAACGAGGCGAAGGAUAUUUGGAGGAUUCUACUUGCUCAAAAAAAGUUCGAUGAAGCACUAGAUAUGGUCUCCAACGAUAAGUUGAACAGAGACUUGAUUCUUAUAGAGAAAGGAAAAAACCACUUGGAGCUGAAGAAAUACUCAGAAGGUGCUAAAAUUUUAGCCAUGACUUCCUAUAAUUUUGAGACCAUCACCUUACAACUCCUGGAACUCAAGGAGUACGACAGUUUACUACUAUACUUAACUACCAAAUUGGAGUCAUUUCCGACAAAGAAGUUUCAAAUGCAAAAAGUCAUAUUAAGUUGUUCAUGCAUAAAGUUGCUUAUUCAGAUGCUUUCAGAUAAAUCUUUAUCCGAGGAAGAAUCGAAGAACAUUCACACCAAGUUUCAGUCUUUUGUCAACAAGUUCAAAGAUUCAUUGGAUAAGGAAACUGUUUACCAGCUAUUGAUACCUCACAACUUGAACGAGGAUCUCUUGUAUUUUGCCAAUUUGAUCAAAGAUUAUGAUUUCGUAUUGGGUUACUAUGUGGGCCUUUCGAAAUGGAAGGAUGCCAUUAAGAUAAUUGCUAUCCAAAAUGAUCCAGUUAUUGUAUACAAAUAUGCCACUGUCCUGCUUUUGAACGAACCAAAUGAGACUAUUAACACGUGGAUGAAAAUGAUUGAAAACUUGGACAUUCACAAGCUAAUUCCUUCCUUAUUGACAUACAACAGAUCAGUCUCGAAGAGAAUUGAUAUAUCAAAUAAUCAAGCAAUCAGGUUCUUGAGCUAUUUUAUUCGGUUCACAGGAAGCCCUGAUAAUGUGGUUCAUAACACAUUCCUCACAAUGAUUAUUUCUUAUCCAAAUUCUGACGAAACAUUAUCUUUGAAAUAUCUCGAGGAUAACGUGCAUCCAGAUGGCAAGAUCUCCAUUUACUUCGACGCAGAUUUGAUACUAAGACUAUGCAACAGGUUUAAACGCAUUGAGAGCAUGGUCCAGUUGUAUUCUAUGUUGGAUCAAUAUCAAAAUGCAAUCCAACUGGCUUUAGACAAUGACUUACUAUGGAAAUCUACUCAGAUAGCUGAGAAACAGGAUAUUGAUGAUAAGCUAAGGAAGAAACUAUGGCUCCAAAUUAGUCGCAAGAUGAUAUUCAACAUUAUUAGUAAUAGAAAGUUCCAGACAGACUUGAUCACCUACGAUACGGACGAGAUAGGAGAGAAGAUCAAAAAGACGUUGAGCUUCUUGUUAGGCAAGUGUGAUAUGUUGACGAUUAAAGAUCUUUUACCAUUAUUUCCCGAUUUCGUUGUAAUUGACAAUUUCAAGAAGGAGAUUGUGCAAUCGUUGGAGGACUAUUCCAAAGAGAUGAAGCUAUUAUCUCAAGAAAUGGACGAAUCAGCUGAUAUUUCCGAAACCAUCAAGAAAGAGUUGGCGGAGUUUAAGAAUGACAGUUUCCAGAUUAUAGAGCCUAAAGAGUCUUGUUCGGUGUGCAACCGCAUACUGAUUACCAGGAAAUUCAUGAUCUUCCCUUGCGGUCACUCGUUCCACCAGGAUUGUCUGGUAGCUUCUAUAUUGGAGAGCAACGACUACAAAUUGAAGAGUCAGAUUAGUAGUAUUGAGAAACGGAUGAGCUCAAAGAGAGAGAGCAGGGCUGAAUUGAGAGAGGAGAUCGACAAGCUUCUAAGCGGGAAAUGCUGUCUGUGCAGUGAUCUCAAGAUUAAUAGCAUUGAAGAUCCAUUUAUAAGUGUAUCCGAUAAAGAUGAUUGGCAGUUGUAG